AAAUUUCAAGAAAUCUUGAUUAGCUCCCGCUGCGCUGGCAGGAGGAGACCAAUUUUUUUAUAUUUUUUUGUAAGAAACGGGCGCUGGCAGGAGACCAAUUGAUCAAGAAGAACUUAAGAAGAAAAAGAAAACCGAGAAAAUAAAGAGUGAAAACUGAAAAUCGCGCCAAAAUAGCAGCCGAGAUUUUACCCGAGACCUCUCACUGUACAAAAUCCAAACCACCUCGUCGUCUCUCUUGAUUUCUUCGAGAAGCGAAUCAGUAAUGGAUUCUUUCAUAGUGGUUUCCACCCCCACAAAAUCCCCAACCCGUACCCGAAAAUAAAAAUUGACUCUUUUCCUACUCUCUUACGACUCUUUCACUUCCACAUCCCCCCACACCGCCUGCGUCAGCUUCCUUCUCCCACCCUCACUCUUAUAUCUCCUCCUCAAGCCGUUAUCUUCAUCUUCGUUCAUUGGGUUCGCUGAAUUCUCGUCACACAAUCUUUUAUUUUAUCCUUUUGGUGGGGUUUUGAGUGUUGGGUCUUAAUGAAGAUGGAGGGGAAAUUGGUUCUGGUCACCGGCGGCGCUGGAUUCAUCGGCACCCACACGGUGGUCCAGCUGCUCAAAGAAGGUUUCAGGGUUUCCAUCAUCGACAAUUUUGAUAACUCCGUCGAAGAAGCUCUCGACAGGGUCAAAGAAGUCGUGGGUCCUGCUCUCGCUGCCAAAAUCGAGUUCCAUUUUGUGGAUCUCAGAAACAAGGACGAUCUGGAUAAGGUGUUCGCGAAGUCAAAAUUUGAUGGUGUGAUCCAUUUUGCGGGUAGAAAGGCUGUAGGAGAGAGUGUUGAAUAUCCUCGACGUUACUUUGACAAUAAUCUAAUUGGAACUAUCAACUUGUAUGAGGUCAUGGCGAAGUAUAACUGUAAGAAGAUGGUGUUCUCCUCAUCUUCCACUGUUUAUGGCCAACCUGAGAAAAUACCUUGUGUGGAAGACACCGAGUUGAAGGCCAUGAACCCUUAUGGUAGAACUAAGCUUUUCCUGGAGGAGAUUGCUCGAGAUAUCUCCCAAGCAGAACCGGACUGGCAAAUCAUAUUACUGAGGUACUUCAAUCCCGUGGCAGCUCAUGAAAGUGGCAAAAUAGGUGAAGAUCCUAAGGGCAUCCCGAACAAUCUUAUGCCCUACAUUCAGCAAGUGGCUGUUGGUAGGCUCCCCGAGCUUAAUGUGUAUGGUCAUGAUUAUCCCACACGGGAUGGUACAGCGAUACGGGACUACAUCCAUGUUAUGGACUUGGCAGAUGGUCACAUUGCUGCUCUUAAGAAGCUAUUUACUCCUGAUUUCAAAGGUUGUGUUCCCUAUAACUUGGGGACGGGACGAGGAACAUCGGUACUUGAAAUGGUUGCUGCUUUCGAGAAGGCUUCUGGAAAGAAAAUCCCAAUGAAGCUAUGCCCAAGAAGAGCUGGAGAUGCUACAGCUGUUUAUGCUGCUGUUGACAAAGCUGCAAAAGAGCUCGGCUGGAAGGCAAAACAUGGUAUUGAGGAGAUGUGUAGAGACCAAUGGAAUUGGGCCAGCAAGAACCCAUGGGGUUACCAGGGAAAGAAAGCCUAGCUCCUUGAGCACCUGCAACCUUUACUUGCAAGUCAAAACUCCACUGCAGUAUACUUUAGACAUCACACGGCAAGAGCUACAAACAACUGCAAAGCAAGAUAAAAGCUCUUUUUUUUGUUUCCCUAGUUGAUGAUAGCCAUUUCUUCUUUAUUUCCAAUAAAUGUAGAAAAUUGUGAACUCUAUAUUAUAUGAUUUUGUAAUUGUGGUUAAUACGAAAUUGAAAUUGUUCGUCCAUGCCUGUGUUGGAUAGCUUCUGCUCUUUUUUUAAUCAAAGCACAUAUGAACCAUAUAAUAUAUCGUGCAAUCUUUUUAAACAUUAGUUGACUCACAAGUCUUCCGGUCUGCCAUAUAAAGUCCUGUUAUUGUU